ACUGAUAACAAUGGCGACUUCUUGCUCGCACUGGUGGCACGCUCCAAUCUACUUCGCCAUGUCGAUAACUCUUGCUGUAAUAGCAAUCUCUGCAUCAACGCCCAGAAAUUCAAUCUCAUCAAACCAACCCAUAAAGCACGAGCUCUCGUUGAACGCCUCUCUAGCUCUCCGCAAAAAUGGGUUCAACGUCAUAGCCACUCUCCUUCAAGUUUCACCGGAAAUCUUCCUCUCAUCACCGGAAUCAACCAUUUUCGCAAUCCAAGACUCUGCCAUCUCCAAAGUCUCUGUGCCUCCAUGGGUCAUGAAACAGCUCCUGCAAUACCACACCUCUCCAUCCAAGAUCUCAAUGCAAGACUUGUUCAAGAAACCCAAAGGCACUUGCUUGCCAACCCUUGUUCAUCGAAAGAACAUCGCAAUCACCAAGAUUAAUCGCAAAAGACCAUCCAUUGAGAUCAACAACGUGUCGAUUUCUCACCCUAACAUGUUUCUUGAGGGACCCAUUUCAAUCCAUGGUGUUCUUGGUCCUUUCUCUUCAUUACAUUUUCAUAAAAACUGGGACAUCAUUCAAUCACCCAUCUGUGAUUUCAAUCACAGCAUGGUUUCAAAUUCUAGUGUGUCCGAAGAAAUGGUGGAAUGGACACGAGUUGUUCGAUUGUUGAGCUCAAAGGGGUUAGUGUCGUUUUCCAUUGGAUUGAACUCUGUUCUUGAUGGGAUCCUUCGAGAUUACCCACAUUUGAAUUCGGUCACAAUCUUUGCUCCCAUGGACUUGGUCUUCGUGUCAUCGCCUUCGCCAUUGCUUGAUAGAAUUGUGAGGUUUCAUAUACUGCCUAAGAGGUUUACUUAUAUUGAAUUGGCUUCAUUGCCUGAGAAAACAUCUCUGAGAACAUUGAUUCCCGAUAAGGGUCUUGAGAUUACAGGGUGUGUUAAUUUUACAAAAGUACUGGCUAUUAAUGGAGUGGAGAUCACUGCACCAGAUAUUUUCUCAUCUAACAAGUUUCAAAUUCAUGGGAUUCCCCGAGCUUUUGAUAUGCAGGAGCUUCCCAGGACAUCCAGAUAGAUUGGUUUCAGUUCAUCUGGAGGCUGUUCUCUGUGAAGUGACCGUAUGUAUGUUCUUAGUCAGACCUUUUUUUUUUUUUUUCAAUUGACUGUGCUUUUCAUCCCAAACUGUAAAAAGAAUUAGAUUUUGUGCACAUUGUGCCAUUUUUCAAACGAAUCAAAUUGAAGCAUUCAAAUUGAGGCAUUCUAA